UUACAUUAUUUGUCGCUUCAUUUUCUAUCGGCCUUGGCCCUAUUCCAUUUUCAAUUAUCCCGGAAUUAGCAUCAACACAUAGUAUCAGCGCAACCGCAUCUGCUGCAAUGGGUCUAAACUGGCUUUGUAACUUUGUGGUGGCUUUCGUAUUCCCGGUGUUCGCAGAAACAUUGAAAAGUUGGACUUUUCUUGUUUUUGCAAUAAUUACGGGUGUUGGCUUUGCAUUGACAUUUAUCUUUGUGCCAGAGACUAAGGGUCGUAGUAUCGAAGCAAUACAUCGAGAAAUUCGAGGAAGCAAAGUAGUCUUGGAUAAUGGCAGUGACGUUUCAACUACCGUCUGA